GGCUAUGUCUUUUUGGAUGGAGUGAAUUACCUAAAAGACCACCCAGUAAAGAUUUCCACAGCUAUGGUCGUGGCUAAGAUAGAAGGGGUAGUUAUCAAAACGUUUAAGAUAUCAGGGUUUUAUUCGCGCGUUAGUGGCAGGGACCUUCCCGUAUUAGAUCUGCUUAAGAACACUCUUAGUAACGUUCAGGAGCUAAAAGCGAUCAAUAGCUCCACGAUAUUAGAGCCAUUGAGUCAGAUUAUGCUUCCCUCGCUCCAGCGAUUUGAGAUAGGAUCUUACUGACUAUCCUUGGAAACCAUCGACAGCUUUGUCCGGCAGUAUGCGAACUCGCUGCGUUUUCU